GCUACUCAAUAUCUAAGUUCAAGUAGACAACAUGCUAUAUACUUACAACAUUUUUUUACCAACAAAUACUUAUAUAUAUAUGUGUUACUAAUUAGUCAUCUCUAAGUGUAGACCAAAAUGGGAACUAUCACUAUAGUAUUCAGUAUGAGUGUACUUGUUGUUGUAUUGGGCUUGGUUGGAUCCGACCCGGAUCCGCUCCAAGACUAUUGUGUGGCUGAUACCAAAAAAGCAACAAGAGAAAAUUUCUAUUGCAAUGGAGUGCCAUGUAUCAAUCCAGAACAUGUAGACACUUCCCAUUUUGCAACAUCAGCUUUGUCCAAGCCUGGUAAAAUUGGCAAAGUUUUUGGUUUCAAUGUGACACUUGCUACAAUUUUCAAUUUGCCAGGUAUGAACACUCAAGGACUCACAAUGGCAAGAAUAGACAUUGGUGCAAAUAGCCUCGUGUCCCCUCAUUCCCACCCUCGAGCCUCAGAAGUGGCUAUUUUGCUAAAGGGUUCACUUUUAGUAGGAUUUGUCGACACCUCAAAUCACUUGUUUACCCAAAAUUUGAGACCUGGAGAUUGUUUUGUUUUCCCUAAAGGUUUGAUCCAUUUUCUUUACAAUACGGACUCUAAGGUGCAAGCAUUGGCCGUGUCUGGGCUGAGCAGCCAGAACCCCGGUCUCCAAAUGGCUUCCCCGGUCGCGUUAGCGACAGGGCCGACUAUGCCAGAUGAAAUAUCUGAGAAGUUUUUUCAGACCUACUAUCAAGAUGUUACAAGAAUCAGGACGAGCCUUGAUGGAUGAUUAUGUUUUAUUGAUAUGGUUGUUGUUGAGUAUAUAUGAUUACUUUUUUCCCAUGAAUUUUAUUUAUUCCUAUAGUAAAAGUUUGCUUAGGGUUGUUUAAUUAAUGGGGAAAACCAAAAAAAUGACUUGCCAACUGUCCCAUGUGUGUUGUACUAAUUUUGUUAAACAAAUUAGCCAGCCUUUGUCAAAUGGUUCCUGAUGACUAAUUGAUGAAGUAUGUUUAAUAUUUUAAAAAUAUAUUUUGUGGUUCAAAUCAAGGCCAAAGCUAAGGGCGUAAGGGUUACAUCC